CUUGGUUUCAUUAUUUGCAAAGAGAAUCAAAAGAAGCUAGGCCGUGCGCGAGCGUUAGUUCUGCGUUCGCGGUCGCAUGACUGUGUAGACUCCAUUGCGAAGCCACGGCUAUGCGAAAAUCCUGCGUCACUCAACUGUUUAAUAGUGCAGAAUCUCAAACCUGUAUCUAUAAUGGGUUACCAACGCUCGGGCCUUCGUGUCGAAUAAAGCGAAAUGUAGCGGCAUGCAGCGGCAUCCUACCACACCAACGCGCCAAAGUGCGCCGCGCUCAACACCACCUCCAUAUACCCUGUCCAUAUCAAUCUUUGCGCUGUCGCUCGGCAGCUGCGGCAGUCGCUUCGUCGGACAAUGGUGACGAUGCGCCUGGCGCAGAUGGUGUACGGCAGUAUCAGCGGGAGCUGCUGGGCCGCAUGAUGUCCUUCCUGGGUCCCGCCACCCUCAUACCGCUGGGCGACCCGCUCAUGAGCCUCGUGGAUACCGUGUGCAUUGGCCAGUUCGCGGGCACCAGCCAGCUGGCGGCGCUGGGCCCCGCCAACCUGGUGUUCUCCUUCGCGCAGUACAUGUUCCAGUCGCUGCAGGUGGCGGCACUCAGCCUUCUAGCCGGCUACCUGCGUGACGGGCGGAUACGGCGAGGCGAAGAGACGCUGAGUACGGCGGUGAUGAUGGCGGCCUUGUUCGGCCUGGCCACCAUGUGUGUUCUGGAGUCCUUCCCCGAGGCCAUCAUCCGCGCCACCGGCCUCCGCGACCCCGCCCUGCUGCCCCUCUCCGCGGAGUACCUCCGCCUCCGCGGCCUGGCGCAGCCCGCCGUGCUGGUAACCCUGGUGGCGCAGAGCGGCCUGCUGGCUCAGCAGGACUCCACCACCCCCGCCAUCACGGUAGCCGCAUCCGUGCUGCUCAGCCUGCUGGGCAGUGUGGUGUUCGUGGCGGGGCUGGGCUGGGGGCUGGCGGGCGCGGCGGGUACGACGGUGGUCUGCCAGUAUGUGGGCGCGGGCGCGCUGCUGUACGCGCUGUCGGUGCGGGGGAAGCUCCGCGUACGGCUGUCCCCUCCCCGUCGUGAGGUGGUGUGGCAGCUGCUGCGAACCAUGGGUCCGCUCUCCAUCACCUACCUCUGCAAGAACGUGUCGUACCUCUUCAUCCAGACCACCGCCGCCACACUCGCCACCACCAAGCUAGCAGCGCACCAGGCGCUGUUCGCGGUGUGGAACCUCCUCUCCUGGACGGUGACUCCCCUGGAGCAAGCCGCCCUCACCUACCUGCCCGGACACACCGGCUGGCGCAAGUCCGCGGGCAUCGUUCUCCUUGUCAGCCUGGGCGCAGCGGGCGGAGUGGUGUGCGGCGCCGCGCUGGCAGCUCUGGUGUGCCUGGCCCCUCAGCUCAUGACGCGCGAUGCCGCCGUAUGGCCGCACAUGCAAGCGGUGGCGGGGCUGGCCUCGGCGUCCAUGCUGGCCCUGGGGGCGGAUGUGGUGAGCAGCGGAGUCAACAUCGGGCUGGGGGAUGCGCGCUACGUGGCGCAGUCGUACGUGAUCACGUUGGCGGCGCUGGGGACGUUCAUGGCGGUCAGCCGGGCAGCGGGGUG